UGGCUCCCCUCCUAGAUGCCAGAUGGCCUCGGAAAACUCCCUGCCCCUCUGCCCAAGGAACUGCUCCGCCUGGGCUCCCAGGAACGGGUCCGUGUCAGAAAGGGCAGCCCCCUACACCAAUGUGAUCAUGCCUAGCCUGUUCGGCAUCAUCUGUUUCCUGGGCAUUGUCGGGAAUCUCAUCGUUAUCUACACCAUUGUCAAGAAGAAGAAGCUGAGGUGCAAGCAGACCGUGCCCGACAUCUUCAUUUUCAACCUCUCCAUCGUGGAUCUCCUCUUCCUGCUGGGCAUGCCUUUCCUCAUCCACCAGCUCCUUGGUAACGGCGCCUGGUAUUUCGGGGCUCCUUUGUGCACCAUCAUCACUGCCUUGGACACCAACAGCCAGAUCACCAGCACCAACAUCCUGACAGUGAUGACCCUUGACCGUUACCUGGCAACCGUCUACCCUCUGAAAUCCACCUAUGUCCGGACACCAUGUGUAGCGGCCUCAGUAAUCUGCUUGGUGUGGCUGCUUUCUUUCCUGACCAUCAUUCCUGUGUGGAUGUAUGCGGGCCUGAUGCCUCUGGAGGAUGGGACUGUCCGCUGUGCUCUCUUGCUUCCUAACCCCGAGACUGAUGUCUACUGGUUCACACUCUACCAGUUCAUGCUGGCCUUUGCUAUCCCACUGAUUGUCAUCUGUGUUGUUUAUUUUAAGAUCCUCCAGCACAUGGCUACCACUGUGGUCCCCCUUCCCCAGAGGAGCCUCCAGGUACGUACCAAGAAAGUCACCCGCAUGGCAGUUGCUAUCUGCUCUGCCUUUUUCAUUUGCUGGGCCCCUUUCUACAUCCUCCAGCUGGUGCAUCUCGGCAUUGACACGCCUUCUGUUGCCUUCUUCUAUGCCUAUAACUUUGCCAUUAGCUUGGGCUAUGCCAACAGCUGCCUCAACCCCUUCCUCUACAUUGCCCUGAGUGAGACCUUCAAGCGCCAGUUCAUGGUGGCCAUCCGUCCUGCCAAGGAGCAGGUCCGCAACAAUAGUUCCAUCAACAACAACAGCGCAACAGAGGCCAGUGUGUGCCUAAAGCUUGCACCAGAAUCCACUCAGCAGACUCAAUUUCUGAAGGAUUUUUCCCCACACUCGCUGCCUGUGACUGUCGCUGUUCACUAGGGACUCUAUGGUCAUGCCAAAAGAUGGCUUUGGGGGUCUUUUCUGGGAAUGACACAAAGUAAGGAGGAGAGUGGAUAAGAAGUAGCUUUUGACUGCUCUUAGUGAAGCACAUGGACUACAGGUUUCUACUUUGGAGACUCACAGUCGAAUCCUCUCUCAUUACAGGGUUCUGCAUUCAAUCUACCCCUGAUCUAAGAGCUUCUGUGUACUGGUUGCUUGGUCCACUGAGGAAUGACUUGGGAAUUCCUUUUAAUUUCACACAAAACAUUGGGCUCUUCUUGGAAGGAAAAGGGAAAGAGAGGGAGACAUGAAGAGAGAGAAGUCUUUGGAAGGUAUUUUACUGGCACUGAACGCCAUGCCAGCCUUUAGCAAAAGGAUCUCAAUUGGGUCCUUACUGUUUGACCAUUGUUUCUGGGAAAGAAGUUGAUAUGGACCCUCUUGCUUUAAGACUUGAACUUUUUAAAAAGACUAUUUAAAAAAAGGGGGAGAGGGCUAGAAAACUGAGCUUACUGAGGCACAUGCUUAAAUUCCAGAAGCAAAAAGACAAGGAACUGCUCAGCAAAGCAGCCUUCAAAGUGCCUGAGGAACAAACCCACAAGCAUUAGAUGAGGGAACUCCUGCCUUGCCAAGAUCCUCUGGACUUUUUGGUGAAGUCCCAACCUGCCUCCAGUGAGCUGUGCUGCUUGGCCGACCUAUGAAUAUUCAGGAACUGGAUGCUGGGGCCUUGACAAGCUGUCUCUAUAUAUUUGCAAGCAAAAUCAGACCCUCUGGCAGAUAGUGAUUGUACUGCUUCAAGGG